AUGAGCAGCGGCGGAUUGCAAAGGAAGCCAAAGGCUACAGUGGAGAGGGCGCCAUUCUCUAAGACAAUCGAAAUGUGUAUCCCCGAGCAACUGGCAAUACCCGAGAGAGAGGUCCGUGAUUCAGUACUUGAUAUUCAAUCUCCUCUCCAAACACCUAUUUCAACAAUGAUGGAGGAGAGUCUUUCUCAGGUUUCCGAGACACCUCCCUCCAGUAUUGCCGCUACCGGGGAUGAAACAAAGAGUCGAAAAAGUUCACUUCGUUCUGAGGUAGCCUCAAAUGAUGCAGACCAUUCGCCCUUUUGGACGCAAGCCCAAGAGGAUUUCUUGCCUGAAUUGUUCUCAGAAAACGUGGUAGCAAAAAUUUGGGGGAUAGCCGCAGAGGCAUUAUGGCAGAACCACCCGCCAGAAUCAGCGCCGGAGUAUACACAACCUCCAAACGGGACAACCUACUCAAAUACCGAUAUCGAUUUCUGGACGUCCGGUUUCUUCCCCGGGAGUCUCUACCUCUUAUUGGAAAGAGCUGAGCUCUAUCCAAACCAUUUCCCCCAAGCCAAGCUCCAUAAAGCAAAACUUCUAUACGCCAGUCGUUGGUGGUCAGAAAACCUACACGCUCAGGCGAAACGAACCGAUACUCAUGAUCUUGGAUUCAUGAUACAGCCGUCGUUUCAAAAAGAUUAUGAGCUGACUGGGAACGAUAGAAGUUUUCAAACGCUUGUGACCGCCGCAGAAAGUUUGGCUAGUAGAUAUGAUGAAAGAGUCGGAGCUAUUAGAAGUUGGGAUGUGUGUAGAACCAAGAGGUAUAAGUUCGAAGAUCCGUCGAAAGACUAUCUAGUCAUUAUAGAUAACAUGUUGACGUCUAAAACUGGCAAUGCACGUCUAGCAAAUAUCGCAAUAACCCACGCCUCAACAACAUUAAAGCACCACAUUCGGGAGGACUGGUCUACAGUUCAUGUUGUCAAUUUUGACCAGCAUAGCGGGAAAGUAAAGGAUAAAUUCACAAAUCAGGGAUAUUGGGAUGAUAGCACUUGGAGUCGAGGACAGGCAUGGGGUGUUCUCGGGUUUGCUCAAGUCUAUGGAUGGACAAAACGAAAAGAAUUCUUAGAUGCUUCAAAAAGGUUGGCGCGGUAUUUCUUAUCCAGGCUUCCGGCAGAUGGUGUUCCCCAUUGGGAUUUUGACGCACCUCGUCCGACUUAUCGUGACACAUCAGCUGCAAUGAUAUUUGUUUCGGGUGUUCUUGAGAUCUACAAACACUGUUCUGGGCCACUCGAAGGAGCCGAAUGGCUAUAUGCCGCGAAGAAGAUUAUAAACUCAGUCCUCAAGAUGUCAUUAUCUCCUCGUGCCAGGUUCUUAAAGGACGGUAAAGUCGACAUGGGAGGUUUCGACGCCAUCUUGAAGAACGCUACUAUUAAUAAUUAUGAAUACGCCCCUAGGAGGUGGGCUGAUCAUGGACUUGUUUAUGCGGAUUAUUUCUUAUUGCAGGUGGGAAAUAAGUUGUUGUCAUUGGGACUUUUAGAGUAG